GCCUUUCUUCUUGCAUUUUAGUCUGAAAACUGGAUUCUUAAAGUGGAAACCAGAUUAUGACAGUGCAGCUACUGAAUAUGGGAAGGCAGCUGUUGCCUUUAAGAAUGCCAAGCAGUUUGAUCAAGCAAGGGAAGCCUGUUUACGGGAAGCUGAAGCACAUGAAAACAAUAAAGCUCUCUUCCAUGCUGCCAAAGCUUACGAACAAGCUGGAAUGAUGCUAAAGGAGAUGCAGAGACUCCCUGAAGCGGGUCAGCUGAUCGAGAAAGCCAGUAUGAUGUACCUGGAGAAUGGGACGCCAGAUACAGCAGCAAUUGCACUGGAACGGGCCGGAAAGUUAAUAGAAAAUGUGAGCCCAGAGAAGGCUGUGCAGCUCUACCAGCAAGCAGCGUCAGUGUUUGAAAAUGAAGAACGUUUACGGCAAGCAUUAGAAAUGCUAGGGAAGGCAUCAAGACUUCUAGUCAGAGGACGCAGAUUAGAUGAGGCUGCAUUGUCUCUUCAGAAGGAAAAAAGUAUUUAUAAGGAAAUUGAAAAUUAUCCAACGUGCUAUAAGAAAACUAUUGCUCAAGUCUUAGUUCAUCUUCACAGAAAUGAUUAUGUUGCUGCAGAAAGAUGUGUGAGGGAAAGUUAUAGUAUACCAGGAUUUAAUGGAAGUGAAGACUGUGCAGCACUGGAGCAACUUUUAGAAGGGUAUGACCAGCAAGAUCAGGAUCAAGUUUCUGAAGUGUGUAAUUUGCCACUCUUCAAAUACAUGGACAAUGACUAUGCCAAGCUUGGUCUCACCUUGGUGGUCCCAGGAGGUGGAAUCAAGAAGAAAUCGCCGAACGCUGCACAAGACAAAGCAAGAGGACCAGCUGCUGUGGGGUCUCAUGCUGAUGAAGAGGAGGAUGAAUAUUCUGGUGGACUGUGCUAGCUACAGACAUAGGUUGUCUUAAAUAUCUGACUUAUUUGUGAUGUUGAGCAUAUCCAAAGGUACCAGAUUUACCAGAGCUUCAUUGCAAUUGUGUUAUGGGAAUGCUAAUAUUAACUUGGCAGCUUCUGG